UGACCGGAAGUGAAAUGUUUAGAAAGAAAACAAAUACACGUGUUUCUUUCAUCUAAAUAAACAUCAGCUUUGAAUUUCAUUUUAACUCGAACCGUGAAAUAAGCUUUAUCUCCAUAAUGGGAAAACAAGGCAUUGGAAAACCCCAGAAGAGCAAAAAACACAAGAAGUUGAAAAAAACUAUUGGCAACGAAGAUACAGUUGACCCAACAUUCGUCAGUAGCAAGCGGGGAAAGCAGCAAAACCUGCCAGUCCCAGAUGGAGAGCUGGAUGUUCAACAUGUGCCGAGAAAACUGAAAGAUAUGCUCCAUGCUAAACAUGCAAUGAGUGAAACAAAACUGAAGAAAAAGAAGACAUUGAAAAAGAAAAGGAAGAGGGGAAAAUUGAGUGAUGAACUCUUAAAAGAAGGUGCAACAUCCAGACCGAUGGCUCGAAUACCUCGGUUUGAGCAGGGCAAGUUUGAGAAAGACGGGGACUUUAUAAGACGGGUGGAGAUGGAGACACACAGGGUCAUCAUGAGGUCCAAGAUGGAAAACAAAUAUAAGGUUGAUCUAAUGGAAGAUCAGAACAAUAUCACCAACCUGAAGAUGAAGAAAAGGCCGACAAGUGAAAAUAAGAAGCAGCGAAGCAGAGAUAAGAAGCAGAAAAAGAAGGAAGCAAAACAGGAGAAGAAAAUUGACAAACAGAUCGGCUUCUCCGGGCUCACUGAUCGCGUGUCUUUUGGUGAGGUCGCCAUGGAGCCGCCAACCCUGACAGCGAGGCCACGAAAGGCCAAUUCAGACAAUGAGAAACCAAGGCCUGGGAAACGAUCCUUGUUAUUGAAGGAGAUGAUGGGAGGCCCCAGCUCCUCCAAAGACCCUGAGCCUAGCAGCCAACCACAUCUUGCAGUGCCCAAAACAUCAUCCCAGAGGCAGCCUGGACAGACAUUGAAGCGGAAGUUCCUCUCACCUGUACAGCAGCAGAUAACAGAUUAUCAGAGACAGAAUGCUAUCAGCAUGUACAGACAAAUCAGAGACCAAAAAUAUCAGCGAAAUAAUUUGAAAACUUGAGAGCUUCAAAAUGAUUAAUAAGAUAUUUAAUAGGUUAAAAAAUUAAAAAUGCUGAUAGCGUCAAGACAGUAGAAUAAUUGUAAAAUUAGUUUUAUUUAGACUGAAUAUUGAAACAAGUCAGGGGCUUUCAAUGUGUAAUGAAGUACUGUUGUUAACAUAUGUUUUUGAAUGAGAAAGUAACGUCAUGAGAAUAUUACAACAGCAUGUGAUUUGAGUUUAAUAAAACAUAAGGAUAGAAUGGCAGAUGACUGUUUAAAAAUCAUGGAUUGUUGUCUGAUUGUUUUUAAAUUUGUGAGAAUACAAACAAUAAAUUUAAAAUAAC